AUGGACAACAAUCUACUUGCCACGUACAAACUGAACAAUUGCCAGCUGGUCAACAGCAACCAGAAACUGAAGGAAGAAAUACUGGAUAAAAUUAAGAUGAUAAAUGAACGCAACGAUCAAUCAAUUGGAAAAAUUGAAGCCGCCUACACAGAAGACAAUGGCUCCAAGUACGUCAUCAAAACCCGUAGCGCUAAACUAGCCUCAAAAAUGAUGCAAAUGAAGGAGCUUAUUGACGGUACGAAAAUUGUGGUCACCCCCCAUCCAGUUUUUAACGUUAGUCGUUGCGUGAUAAGCUGCAAAGAAGCCAUCGAACUAACAGAAAAAGAGCUAGAAACAGAACUGCAAGGGCAAGGAGUUUUGAAAGCUCGUCGUAUUACAAGGAUCGAAAACAAGAAACGAGUAAACACCCCAACGGUGGUUUUAAAUAUUUCUGGAACUGUAAUUCCGAAAGAAAUAAGAGUUGUAUGCUAUCGCUGUUGUUCGUACGGGCACACAAAGGACAAAUGCACCAACGAAUUGUCUUGCCGAAACUGUUCCAAAUCACACGAUUUAGAGGAGGAAGAACAGUGUAAAGAGGAUCCUUACUGCAAAAACUGUCAAGGAAAACAUGCUCCAAUCUCACGAAAAUGCCCUCUAUAUCAAAAAGAGGAAGAGAUCGUAAAAAUCAAGGUAGAAAGUGGAAUAACCUUUGGAGAGGCUAGGAAAGAGUACGCCAAGAAGCACGCGGAAAACUCCUACGCUAAUGUUUGUGGAGCGCAGCAAAGACUCGAACAACUCAGAAAAGACCACGAAAAAGAUGCACAGAUCGCUAAAUUGCUUGAAGAAAACGCAGCAUUGAAAGGAAACGCAAGACCCUGUAUGAAUGAAAAUGAAAACGUUGAGAAGCUCCAAUUAGAAGUCCAGAAGCUAAGAAAAAUCGCCAAAGAGUUUUUCGAGCUUAAAGCCAAACUAAAGGUCGCUGAAGAGAGUUUGAAGAUUUCCGAAAGUGAAUCUGAUGAAGAGAUGGAACCAGAACCUGAACGAUCGACAUCCUGUGUUCAAAGAAAAACAGCUUCAACCGUCAAAGCAUGGAAACCUCUGAAAUCGAAGACAGCCAAACCGAAACCGAAAGCGUAA